CACACACACUGCAGCUCGCUUUACCUGCACACAGGUGAGACAGAGAGGCGCGAGAGGAGAGCGAGAGACAGGCUGGAUCCGCAGUAUGCUGAGGGAGUCCCCUCACCUGGAAAGAUGUACGUGAGUUACCUGCAGCUGGAUAAGGACCCGACCAUGUACCCGCACCAGAACCCGGUGACCCGCCACCCGGGCCUCAGCCUCAGCCCGCAGAACUUCGCGGUCCCCGCCCCGCCGCAGUACUCGGACUUCGGCUACCACCACCACCACCACGGCAUCAACAACGAGCUGCAGCAGGCGGGUCCGGGUCCGGGCGGCUGGAGCUCGGCCUACCCGCCUCCUCCUCCCCCCACCCGGGACGAGUGGUCCUCUCACCAUUACGCCGCCGCAGCCGCUGCCGCCGCAGCCGGGGGGCCUCCCGCGGGGUCCACGGUACCCGGCGGAGUGGGGCCCACGCUGGGGUUCAGCCCCCAGGAGUUCUCCGGGCAGCUGCCCGCGUCCCUAAACGUGUCGGCGGGGCAGCUGUCCCCCGGAUCCCCGCAGAGGAGGAACCCGUACGACUGGAUCCGACGCAGCUCCGCACCGCCCACCAACCCCAACGGAAAGACGCGGACUAAAGAUAAGUACCGGGUGGUUUACACCGACCACCAGCGGCUGGAGCUUGAGAAAGAGUUUCACUACAGCAAAUACAUCACCAUCAGGAGGAAGGCGGAGCUCGCCACAGCGCUCGGCCUGUCAGAGAGACAGGUGAAGAUCUGGUUCCAGAACCGCCGGGCCAAGGAGCGCAAGAUCAACAAGAAGAAGCUCCAGCAGCCGGCCUCCUCCACGACCACGCCCACGCCUCCCACCGGCACCAACGGCGGCGGCCUCCACGGAAAUGGCGGGAGCAGCAUGGUGACGAGCAGCAGCGGCAGCAACGGGCUGGUGUCCCCUUCUUCUCUGGCUUUGAACAUCAAAGAAGAGUACUGAGGAGGAGGAGGAGGAUACAGAUGUUUUAUUGGAUUGAUGUCGGGGACGUGGACUGAAAAUUCUCCCCGAACGAACUGAAAAACUUUUAUGCGCCAUAUCCUGCCAUCUUUUCUGUCCGCCCUCUUAAAGCUAAAGCUCGUUAAAAACGUGGGCGACGUCCUCAGCAGCUUCCUGUCCCAUCAGACUGUCGCAGAUGAUUCCUGUUUGCUGGGACGUCGUCAGGUGAAAUCAAGCUGCUAUAAAACAGGAAGUCUCUCAGGAGCUCUCAGGUGAAACUUUAAUUCAGCUCUUCACCACCGCUGGAUCCAUCACGUGUCUUCAAAACUCCCAGAACUUUAUUUUAAAUCCUUGUGGAGAUCCUAAAGAUACCAAACAUAAUGCACAAGACAAGUUGAAUAUUUCCAUUUGAUGGAAACAAACAGGUCUUGGGUUUGUUUUCACUCCUUUAGCUUCAAUGAAGAGCUUCAGCGUAUAGAAUAUAUAUGAAACUGUCAGACAGUUUGUUUUUUAACUCUAAAGCUACUUAAAAAAAAAGAUUUUCAGGGUAAAUCCAGAUGUUUGUUUUUAGCUUGUUGAUGAUGCAUUUAAAAAAAAAAAAGUAUCCUGCUUCAUUAAGAAAUGUUUUCUCGACCUUUAUACCAUCAUGGUCUGGUAUGAAUACUGGAUUCUGAUUGGCUGCUGGGUGUCCAUUAAUUCCUGAUGUAGGACGCCUAAUGAGUAGUUCCAGUGAAACUGUCUG